GAAAUACGCAGACGUUGACAUAUACGGCGCUUGCGGCAAGCGGUGCACAUUGCAGUCAAACGAUUGCACCGAAAAUUUCGCCCAGUACAAGUUUUACUUAUCUUUUGAAAACUCCUUCUGCACCGACUACAUCACGGAGAAGCUGUUCAAAACAUUCGUCGACGGCCGACACAUCGUCCCCGUGGUGCGGGGCGGCGGCGACUACGACCGGCACUUCCCGGAGGGACUGUUCAUCAACGCCGCGGACUUCAGAACCCCGAGAGAACUUGCGAUGCACCUGAGGGAUCUCGGUUCUGACCACGAGAGGUACA